AUGUCCCAAGGAAGACCAAGAAAGUAUGCCACUGCUAUUGCUAGCAAAGAGGCAAGAAAAGAACGCGACCGACUACGAUAUUUGCAAAAGCAUCAGCCUCAGUGCCCCCCUGAGUUUAUUGCAUAUGAGCCUCUCCUCCCUGGAGAUAUACCACGCCCAACACCUACCAAUACAGGACUACGCAUCAGCUCAGACAUCCCUAUACCAAGAGAUAGAACAAGUGAACAUAACCCAACACUGCUGGAUAAGCACCCAGAGUGGCAGCUAUCUGCUGCUCCCUCUCCAGUCAUCAAUGAUCCAGAGUAUACAAGAGAGGUAGAAGAGCUUCAAGAAGCAGAGAAAGAGCAGAACACUGAGCUAGCAGAGCAUAAUGCUGCCAUAGCAGAGUGUAUACAAGAACUAGAUGACAGAGUUAGAGAGCCAUUGAUGGAAUUGGAAGGGUUGUAUCAAAACACAAGUACUAGAAACACACCACAACAAGAAGAGCAAGAAGAACAAGAAGAACAAGAGAAAGGUGACUGUACUAGUACUAGUGCAGGAGCAGGCAAUUACCAGGCUGCAGCUUGGGAAAGAGUUUGUGAAGAGAAAAGAAGGAACAGGCACACACAAAACUCUUCAAUCACAGUUACAGCUGCUCAAACAGAAGGUGUAGGCCAAGAGGAUGACAGCAGCUCUCUUGACCUACAAGAUUCUGCUACACCUACACAAACUGUAGAGCAGCAGCAAUCUCCAAAUCAAGGAGCAUCAAUUGCCUCCUUACCUUCAAGUACUACAAGCAAGAAACGCAAGAGCCCAUUCCCUACCCAGAGUAAUACACUCUUGAGUUAUUUCCAGCCAAGGCCUACAAGCAUAUCACCUGCUAUUCCAAGGACUCCUCAGCCAGCACACCUACACUCUAUCAGUAGAACACCUCAGUUAGGCCAUCAGCCUUCUGUUGGUAGUGUAACUGAGCCAGAACAUCACUCUUCUGCUGGCAUUGGAACCCAGACAGAGUCAGUUGAGAGCACUGCUUCUAAACUUGCAAGGCAACUUUGCUACUUCCAUGGAUGUACCCACCAAGACCAUGCAGAGCAAGAGCUGUCACACAAUAGACACCACCAAAGGGAUGAUGUUCACUCUGAGUGUUCCUCAUUUGAGUCAAUCACUAGGCUGCUAUGUGGAGACUACAACAAUGGGACUCCUCUUCCAGAUGUCCUGAGCAAUCCUUGUUUCAAGAGGGCAGAAGGCUUAGCAGAUGGCAUUGACUGUCAGGGUGCCUUUGAAGGCACAAGUCCUAUAGCCUUGCCUGAUGACAGUGGGACACGCAAUGAGAAGCUGCCCUUAAGCCUCUGCAUGUCCAAAUACUAUCAAAGCAGCACCACAGCCCGUGUUCCUAAGACCACAUUUGACAUUGACAGCCUCUGCUGCUUUCCUAGCAGCCUUGGCUUUGCUCGUCAAGGCAUUCACUGGCUACCUUAUGCAAGCACUGUGCUCAACCUGAGCCACAACAUCCACUUCAGUCUCAAGGUCCCAACAUAUAACCCAAAGGGAGAGCUAUGUCAGACAGAUCAGCCACUCCAUAAGAUUCCACAUUACUGUUUUGGAACAGCCAUUGGCAUGGAGUCAGUUCAGAUCUACAUCUUCUUUCCAGAGCUACAUCUUGGAAGUGGUAAUGAGCACAGUACAUUCCUUUGCAAUGAGGACUUCAAGCUUUGGUAUGACUCUGUGCUUAUGCCAGCUAUCCAGAAAAGUGUAGCAGAUUCCAAUGUUCUGCAGCACUACCCUGUGUCUGCUGAGGUUGCACGUCUAGAUGCUACUGUGCUGUCAGCUGAGACUUUUGCAAAGAAGAGCUCCUCAAGAGAACAGCUUCUCAAGUAUGCUCUACAGCCACAACAUCUGCACCAAAUCUGGACUUGUAUUCAAGACAGCGUUGCUUGCAAUCCCUUGUUUAGUCGCUUUAGAGGUGCUGCACUCUUUGCACACUCUAAAAACACUAAGCUAGAGUACAUGACUGAAGACCUGAGUACUACAUUCUGCAAGUGGCAGAACUCUUGGUCUAGAGUCACUGAUCCACAGUUCUGCAGUAAGGACUCUACCUUUGUUGAUCUUGGGAAGCAAGUCACUUCAGAGGAUAGCAAUCUUUUACACAACACUGUACCAAGC